GGCUGUCAUAUUGUUGUCAGAGCAAAGUAGACUUCCUGUGUGUGGCUGAAGAAAGGUAGACUGCCUCAAGAGUGCAGAGGCACAAUUUUAAAAGUAUAACCUUCUGAUAAAAAACAUAAAACAAAGGAGGAGGAAGGUCACACCAAAGAGACUUUUGCUUGGAAGGAAUACCCAGAAGUUUAGGUUGUUGAAAAGAGGAAAAAUAUAUUUAGAGGUUAAAGAGGAAGAAGAAGAGAAAAAAACACACUUUAAAGAAAGAAAAAAGACAUCAAGGCAGAAAAAUAGGACGCUCAUGCUUUGGAGGACAGAACAAGGCACGAGGUGAGAUUCACACAAUAAUGGUAAUGGUAUGUCGCGAGGAGAGGGUUUGCAGGGGUAGACAACGGGUGCUAGGAGAAGAGCAGGGGUGGGCAGAGCCGUGAGGGCCAGGUGGGAACUGCAGAGAAAGGCAGCUCAGCAGAGAGGAACACGCAGAACCAGAGGCGGAGGGCAACCGCCGGAGUACAGGAAGCUCUGCAGUCAUCCUUUUAUUGCGAAUCUCAAUGGCUGAGAGAAUAUAGAAUAUAGAAAUUGUUAUAGAAAAGUGUGAUAUAAAAACUCUUUGGUUUAUUUGAUUUUUUUUUUUGGAUGGAAAGUGUGAAUCAGAAAGUGUAAAUGGGCACUAAUGAGGAAUCAGAUAUGGAGCAGACAUCACCCAUGAUGCUAGAGGAGACAGGGUCCUCCGGAAAGGACCUGCCGCCGGCUCCCCCCGAAGACCCCGACCUCCUCAACACUUACAAGUGGCACACGGGCUCCAAAGGGGACAUGGGGGGGUCAGCCUCGCUCGAGAGGCCUGAGAAGAGCAGCGCCACGAAGUGGAGCAAGAUGCAAGGCUGGCGCAAAGCCCUGAGCGAGGACGCCGCGGAGAAACGGGAGCCUGCGGAGAACGCGAAGCCGGGCAAGUCCACCACCGCCCGCAAGAACCCCUUCCGCAGGGCCCUCUCUGAGCCCCCCGGGGCCUUAUUUUCUACGGCCACGAACCCCACAUCCAGCCAAUCGGUGGCCAGCCCCAGCUCCGCAGAGAGCCCAGGCUCCUCCACUCAGGAAGCACAGCAGAGAGGUGGAGGCAACCCCAUCAGGAAAUACCUGCGGACCGUCUCCCAGAAGUUCAAGAGGCCGCGACUGCAGAGCCGAAACAGCACCCCCGUGUGUGUGGAAGCAGCGACGGGUCCCAACGAGGCCCAGACAGAGACCACCGCAGGAGCCCCGGAUCCCGUGAGGCUGUCAUGGGUCCCGCAACAGGAGGUGCCAGUGUGGGACAUCAACAGCUGCCGCCUGCACGACGGGCAGAUCCAAAUUUCGCUGGAGGAGGAGCCGAUGCUGCGGAUCCGGAACCGGGCGAGCAGCUGUCUGUACAACCUCAGCCUGCAGAAUCUCGCAGACAGCCGUACCAACUUAGAAUGCAACCCAGACGUGGUGGCUCCCAGCGUCAAGGCAAAGGAGACCAACAGUGCUGUCAGAAAGCUGAUCUUUCGUCGUUUCAUGAAUGCAGCUCAGAGGAACAGCCGCACGCAGUUAAAUUCCAUCGAACACAGUGCUGUGAGCCGGCUGCAUGGCUCCCGGGAAUCCCUGUCCAUCCCCGUCAGCGCGGUCGAGAGCCUGGACCUGAGCUCAGACCAGACCACAGUCAUCCGGCCUGUGCACAGCUCCAUCCUGGGCGAGAAGUUCUGCUUUGAGGUGAUUAAUUCCGAGAACAACCACUGCUUCGGGUGCAGCUCCGCUGCGGAGAGGGACCGCUGGAUCGAGAACCUGAGGCGUGCUGCCCAGCCCAAUAAGGACAACUGCGAGCGCACGGAGAACUCCCUCAGCCUCUGGGUGAACGAGGCCAAGGACCUGCCCCCAAAAAGGUGCUAUUAUUGCGAGCUGCACCUGGACGGCGUCCUCUUUGCACGCACCAGCAGCCGUGCCAUCGGGAAAUCCCCGCAGCGUUCCAGCCUGAUGGCCGAAGGGGGCGUGGCGGCCUCUGCGGGGAGCCUGGGAGGGGGGGGGGCUGGCGCCGGCCCGGGAGGCUGCCAGCUGUUCUGGGGAGAGCUUUUCGAACUGGACAACCUGCCACCUGUGUCCCAGCUGACGCUGCACCUCUUCCGGGACGACGAGGCCAAAAAGAAGCGCCACUCGCGAGACGAGACCCCCAGCUUCCCGCUGGGCAGCGUCGCCAUCUCCCUGGCCAACAUCCGAGGACGGGCCUUUCACGAGGACUGGUACCGCAUCGUCCCCUAUAAAGCAGCGGGCUCUGGAGGCACCAAGGACCAGCUGGGGCCGCAGGCCUCGCUCCGCGUUAAGGGCCGCUUCCAGAACCUGCGGGUGCUGCCCAUCGAGCGCUACAAGGAGUUCGCCGAGUUCGUGACGAUGAACUACGAGGAGAUGUGCGUCGACCUGGAGCCCCUGCUGUCCGUGCGGGAGAAGGAGGAGCUGGCCAGGGCGCUGGUGCAUGUGCUGCAGAGCAUCGGGAAGGCCAAGGAGUUCCUGAUCACCCUGGGGAGGGCGGAGGUGCAGCGCUGCGGGGAGAAGGAGGCGCUGAUCUUCAGGGAGAACACACUGGCCACCAAGGCCAUCGACGAGUACAUGAAGCUGGUGGGGCAGAAGUACCUCAUCGACACUCUGGGAGACUUCAUCACACGGCUGUACGCCUCCGCGGAGAGCUGCGAGGUGGACCCACGCAAGUGCACCGCCUCAGAGCUCCCCAGUAACCAGAAAAACCUGAGGGAGGCCUGUGAAGAUGUGGUGAAGAGAAUCACGGAGAUGCACGAAUCUUUCCCAGUGGAGCUGAAUGAAAUUUUCUCCAGCUGGGUGGAGGACUGCGAGGCACGCGGGCGGGUGGAGAUUGGCCAGCGCCUCAUCUCUGCCUCGCUCUUCCUGCGUUUCCUGUGCCCCGCCAUCCUCAGCCCCUCCCUCUUCGGCCUAAUGCAGCCCUACCCGGAUCCGCCGACGCUGCGCACCCUCACCCUCACCGCCAAGGUCAUACAAAACCUGGCCAACUUUACCUCGUUUGGAGAAAAGGAGGAGUAUAUGCUCUUCAUGAACGACUUCCUGCAGGAGCACUGGGAGGACAUGCGGAGCUUCCUGCAGCGGGUGUCCAACCCUGACAGCGAGCUGGCCAUGGCGAGGUUCGACGGCUACGUGGACCUGCCCCUUCGUCUGGCCGUGCUUCACGGCCUGCUCAUCGACAUCAUCUCUCCCAUGAAGCAGGAAACGGUGGAGAAGCUGCUCCCUUUGCCCUCCAUUCUGAACCAGAUCUCAGACUCGCUGGGCCCCAGCGCUCCCCGCAUCACAAUCUGCAACUUGAGGUCGGAGCAGACCAAGCCAACCUAUGUGCCUCCGCGGGACCUUCCGGAAUACAGCCCUUACCAGCACCUGCCCGCCGAUGGCAAGAACAAGGAGAACCGAGCAGGGAAGCGUGUGACGAGGACCCAGAGUGUCCCUAACCGUGUCAAGCCACGUCCCUGGCACCCCCCAAAGCGGCAGGCGAGCAGCGAGAACCUCCCGGACAUCACGAUCCUCAACCCCUCAGAGCCCCAGCAACCUAGAGUCCCAACUCGUGUGCCCUGGCAAGUCAUAGUCAAAGAGCCGCAGCCGAUGAGCUCUGAGCCGGAGGAGUUUAGCGUCCUGAAGAAGCACGAGGAAGAACUGUCCGAGCUGCGGCUCGGCGUGGACCAAGUGACGGAGCGAGAGCUGGAGAUGGCCAAGCGACUGGAGGACUUCAUAGCCGAGAGCGAGGAGCAGAAGGAAGAGCUGCGGGCCACAAUCAAGCAGAUGCAGGACCUGCUCACCAUGCAGGAGGAGCAGCUCGCCAGCACCACCUUCAGACUUGGAGUAAUAGAGGAAGAGAGGGAAGAGGAUGAGAGGAAGUUAAAUGCCGCCAUGGCUGCAGCAGAGAGGAUGAACGUGCUGGAGGAGCAGUUUGCAGAGCUGCUCAAAGACAUGAACAAGCUCAGCAGUCAGAGGAACAUGCAGCAUCCAGAGUCAGCGGGCGAGCCUGACAGCAACAGCAACUGAGCGCAGCCACCUGGCUGCACGUGGACAUGCGACCGUCAGCAGGGCGCCGUGGCAACACUGCGACUUUUACACGUGGUUCAUAGUCCUGUGCAGCUCAAAUAAUGAAUGGAGUGAAAUUUGAACAUUGUUAAAGGAAUGUUGGGAAGCUUUGUCCUGCACCUGUACUUUGUUUUCAAUAGUACUUAAUUUGUUGGGGGUUCCGGUAAAAAAAAAAGGGGGGGGGGGCACAAUAAUUCAGUUGGUGUCAACUUGCACCUCCAGGGGUGGGGGGCUAAUCGCCACCCUUGCUAUGCGUAUUUGGAGCUCUGCAACAGACUCGCAUCCCAAUCCACGAUCCCCCUGUGAACUGUACAGCACAGAUACUUAAUAGGCAGAUUCCGGCACGCACCCGGACCCGGCACCAGGCACCAGGCCAGAACUGUUCUCCGCAGUCUAAUGGAAACCAUUUAUACCCGGGUUCCCUGAUAGGUAGCUCGUCACCCCCCUAGCAAAUUUUAUCCUCAGCAGUGGGCCUUAGCUUUAUACUGCUGAUGGAAUUUGGCCCAUGGGGAAUAAUAAUAAUAAUAAAACUAGCUAAGUAAUGGGGGAACCCUGUUCUAUAGGACUAGUGACUAGAAAACGGGUUUCAAUAGAAGUGGAUGAUUACCAAAAAAUACUUUUUUUCCUACUCAAUCUCUUUUCUGCAGUUUCAUACAUUCAUUUCAGUUUUAAGUUGUAUAUCAUAACUUAAUAAAACGUUAAAAAUGA